GAUAACUUUUGUUUUGGUUCUUGCGAAGCAGGUGUCUAGAGGAAAAUGUCCUCUUUUUCGGAUAACAACUUUGUUAAAAAGCUAGGAGAGCUGAAUAAUACACAGCAAAGUAUUCAGACAUUGUCAUUGUGGUUGAUUCAUCAUCGCAAACAUUCCAAAACAAUCGUUCAAGUAUGGCUAAGGGAAAUGCAAAGAGUUCGACCCAGUCAAAGACUAACCUUUAUGUACUUGGCUAAUGAUGUUAUACAGAACAGCAAAAAGAAAGGACCAGAAUUUACAAAAGACUUUGCCACAGUUCUACCAGAGGCAUACAAAAUUUCCACCAAGGAUGCAGAUGACAAGAUCAAAAAAUCUGUGGACAGAAUCCUUGGAAUCUGGGAGGAAAGAGCUGUGUACAGCAAACACUUCAUUGAUCAAAUCCGCCUAUCUAAACCUGGAGCCACUUCUGUCUCUGAUUCUGACUUGAAAUCCCAACGCAAGAAAAAGGUGGAGGAAUAUGUAGUGACGCUAAAGAAGAAGGGGUUCAAAGUGCAAAAUACAGAAAAGGCCACACCCCCAGCAAAGAGGAAGAAGAUGGAUGAAAUGCCGUCUCUAAGAGAAGAAAUAGAGGCAAUGCCUAAAGAUGAAAACCCUGUGGUCCCAGAUGCAGAAGAGCUGGUGAAGAGAUUGGCUGAUUUAGAACAUUCAGCAUCUAGUGAUGCCGCAGUUCGAGAGAAGAUUGCAGCCCUGCCACCUGAUGUCUCAGACAUUAAUCAUCUGUCCAAAAUCACCGAUAAAGAAACGGCUGUGAAACUGUUCAGACAAGUAGAAGAUGCUUGUAUUUUGUUAUCAGAAUACAACUUCCGCCUGAAUGCAGAACUGGAAGAGAGAAAACAAGUGGGGAAGAUGUUGAGGGAUUUCCUUACAAGUCAAAAAGAUCAGGUUGUCAAAGGGGAGGAAAAACUACAGGAGUCCAAACAGCGACUGGAAAAAGUGGGUGCUGUCAGACAGGAGUUGAUGUCUCACAUUCGUAAUCUCCCAGAUCUGUCCAAACUGCCAGACAUAGACGGGGGUCUGGCCCCCCUCCCCUCAGCCGGAGAUCUCUUCUCACUAUGAUGGUGCACUUUUUUACCUGUGUGUGAACUGGUAUAAAUGAAGAAGAUGGACGUAAGCUCUGAUGAUGAUUGUGAAGAGAAAGGGAACAAGUUUAUACAACAAGAUGCUACUCUGUGAUCAGGCCUAUUGUUAAUGAUUCCAUGUUGUAUCCUUGUUUGAAUUCAGUCAUUAUUUGCCCAGUGAUACACAAAUCUGUUGUAUCAAGGUUUAAUGUACAUGUUGAUGAAUUAUUGUACACAGUUUUUCAAUGUUCUGUGAAGGAUUAUUCCCCUUAUUAAGCGUUCAUUUUUAAGAUGCAUUAUUGUUAGUGUAGAUGAAUGUAUGAGCAUGAUGAGGCUUGAUAGAAAAUUUCAUGUACUCAGUGAUUUAUGGGAAAUUAAUGGUGUGCUUUGAAGAAUGACAUUAAAUGAAUAUGAAUUUA